AAAGAAAUAAAAUACUGAGUUGUGAUUGGACGAAACACUGAAUCUUGCACGAAUUCUCGCGCUUGCGCCUACAGCACAAUGAGUCACCAUCCGCCAGUUUCUUGUAUUCCCAAUACUGGCAAAAUGUCGAAAGCUAAAAAAGUGAUUGAAGAAGCGAAAGAAAUAAAUAAUCCUGAGAUAGACUUAGUAGAUAAAGGAAUUUCCAGUCUCGACGAAAUACCAGGACUAUUCACAUUAGCCAACAUAACAAGGCUUUCAUUAAGUCACAACAAGAUACAAGUAGUACCCGCUGCUCUUGCCAAUCUUAUGAACUUGGAAAUAUUAAACUUUGCAAACAAUCAUAUAGAGGAACUACCAGUCAGUUUGUCUUCAUUGCCCAAACUCCGUAUUUUAAAUUUAUCACUUAACCGACUGUAUGGAUUGCCGAGAGGUUUUGGUGCAUUCCCUGUACUUGAAAUACUUGAUUUGACUUAUAAUAACUUAAAUGAAAAAGUUCUACCUGGAAAUUUCUUCAUGAUGGAAAGUCUGAGGGCUCUUUAUUUGGGUGAUAAUGACUUUGAAUAUUUGCCACCUGAAAUUGGCAAUUUGAAGAAUUUGCAAAUACUCUCGAUGCGCGAGAACGACUUGAUCGAGGUACCGCGUGAGCUUAGCCAGCUGUCUCGUCUCCGUGAGUUGCAUUUGCAAGGCAACCGUUUAGUGGUGCUUCCACCGGAGAUUGGUUCCCUAGAUCUAGUUGGCAAUAAGUCUGUGCUGAGAUUGGAGGGCAACUUCUGGGUGCCGCCGAUUGAAGACCAGCUGAAGCUUGGACCCUCACAUGUUGUCGACUAUCUACGAUCUGAGACAUAUAGAGUUCUGUACAGCCGUCACAUGUCUGCGAAGCCUCCACCGCCGCCGCAAACACUGGACAAGAGCAAGAAGGCCAGUCGUGCUCGCUCCUAGUGUAAAUAGAAGUGCCAUACUACAAAUGAGCUUCCCUGCUGUAGCAUUUGUUGCGUUAUAUUUGGCAUGUUUACCCGCCACGUGUAAACCGGUGUGUGCCGGUCCAAAGGUCUGACAUCAACUGACGCCCCCUCUCUCCGGCAUGUAACAAACAACAGUACAUUUAUGCAAACUCUACACCUGCUAAUACAUUGAAAAUUAUAUAUCUGUAUGAAUUUUACAGCAGUGGAAACCCAUGGUUACAUAACUGCCUAAUUAAAUGUAAUGUAUUAAAUUAUUAAUUUAUGUUAAUGUUUUACAAGAUCUAAUGAAAUUACUAAGCAUUUAAAACACAAAAGAGUUUGUUUAUAUU